CCUCGUUUUGCUUGGCAGUAGUUCAGUAACGUCAUAGUAAUAUACUUUAAUAGUUCUUUUGUAAUUUUAUCAUGAUGCCGUUGAUUCAGCGAACAAUUUUUGCAGCGGUAGCCGCCAUAGUUGUAGCUAGAAGUAACGGAAAGGUUGUAGCGAAUUCGAGCUCGAAGAAUAUCACGAAUUCCAAGUUCAGCCUCAACCAAACCAUAAAAAGCACAGCAGCAACAGCCUCCUCGGGAUGGGGCAUUCUGGAGAUCUCACCAAAUGCGUUUAUGUCGAUCGUCUACAAGAAUAACUUUCGCAUCUCCGUUUACAAAAACCAGGCAGUCGAUCCAGCCCUGGUACAGUACUUUUACUCCCCCGCUCUGAUUAUCGAUCCCAGCUCCGCUACAAGCUCCUUCAAUCGCUUUACGGAGCGCUUUGAGAUGACCUUUUCGGUGCUAAUGUGGGACGAAGAAUUUGAGGAUUUUGUCUGCAGUGAAAUCAGCAAAAAGAUUGGUCAGCCAGUAGUAAAAAGCAGCGUUCGAACACUGCCUAUUGAAGAGAUCCGCAUUGACGCCAUAGGACAUUCGGACAAGUACGACAUCGUCAACAAAUGGACGUCUUAUGCCAGCCAGCCGUCGACAUUCUCCUUCCGAUUAAACUGCCUGAAAAACGAUACUUGUGCCCAGGCAGCGCAAAAUAUGAAAGAGGGUCCACAAAAUUUUGUCUCCGAAAUGAUUGUGUACUACAGCCUGCGCACUCAGAAAAGUGCUCGCCGAUUGAUUCAGGUCAAAGCUGAACACGUUCAGAACGGAGCGCUGGCUACGACCCUUAACCAACGCUUCCCCGGCAAAGACGUCGUCUACAUGAAAAGUGAUGACCUCAAGCAACUAACCCUGGAAAUUGCCACGAAUGUUGUGGCAACCGAAGUGACCGAUGACGAAUUCGUCAGCCAAGACCAGUCGAUUACCAUCAGCACUCUGCUAGAAAGCAUCCUUAAAGCCAAAGCUGUGACCACCGCGUCUUUCGACAGCCAAAUGUGGAGUUCGGUAUUCUGGCAGGAUGAAAAUGCCCGCCCCGAUAAAGUAACCCAGUCGCUCAACGAGUUUUACAAGAAGAGCGAUAGUAAAUUGAAAGAGAUCAUAAAAAAAUACAUCUCCAAUCAAGGCAGCAGCAGCGGUUCAGGAUCGUUGUCAGGUAACGUGGACAUUCUGGGAAUGCUCGGCAUCGGUGGCUCGGCGUCCGGAAGCGGCAGCACUUCAUCACAAUCGAUUUCCAACGAAGAAAAAGAAAGACUUAUUGAACUGUUCACGGAAGCGCGUCAAGUCAGUCAGUGGAGCGGGGAGAAAUUCAUUCCCAAAGCCAUGCAGCUCAGUAGAAUCAACUUAUCUGCUUUGCGAGCCUCUUCCAUAAUCACGUCCACCCAAGUCCGUGUCACGAAAACAACCUCCGAGUUAAGCAGCCGCAUCAACAUUCUUCCAUCGGCGUCUAGCGCCGGCGAGAUUACCCAGCAGCGAGCCGAGGUCUAUCGUCUGCAGAAAGACAUCCAGGCGAUACGCCACGAUGUUGGUCAUAUCGGGCACACGGGAACUAUUGUCAUGAUCUUUUCCCCCGUCGUUCCCCGUGGGUGGCUGCCCUGCGAUGGCACGCCGUUAAACUGUACCGGCCCGCACCAGCGCCUGUGCGAAGUAACGAAUUCUACCAUGACGCCUAAUUUGCAAGGACGCUUUCCGGUGGGAUUCGGUGGCUCUUUCGCAGCACAAAUUGGUGCAGUCGGAGGGGAAGAGCGACAUACACUAACCGUCGAUGAAAUACCCUCACACCAGCAUAACUACUGGAGAUUCGUUACCCGCCCGGAAUACGGUGAUGGAAAGCACUAUGAAGCCGGAAAAUACCGGUUCCGAGAUGACAUUUGGGACGCCAGCAAUCCAGUUGGUGGUGGUCAAGCACACAAUAACUUGCCGCCCUAUUUUUCUGUUCAGUUUAUUAUUAAAAUAUGAUCUGUUUUGUUUUUUCCCGCUAUAUGUUAGCGCAAAAGAUUACCUAUUUUAAACUUAUUUGAAAUACAUAUUGUAACAGUGGCCUAUCUGGCUACUGUUCUAGUGGGGUGGCGAUCAGCCUUUACCACGAUUA